CCGCCUGCCCGAUCCCGUUAGCUGUGCAUCAAACCUUUCCAGAACACAAACAAGAAAACUUGAACGACAGCGACGACAGCGACAACUGGCUGGUGUUUGGUCCGUGUGUGCGUGGGUGUGUUGCUUGCUUAACAGCAGCUGCUGUUUGUUGUUGUUGUUGAGAACAACGCCGCUCACAUCAAGGCAUCAAAGGACGCUCUCAUCAUCUCAAAGGGACGCUCUCAUCAAACCAAAAAACAAGCUGACUAAGGCCACAAUCACCCGCUGGUCUACGCCACGCCUCGUGUGUCUGCUGUUCAUUUCCCUGUUGAGUAGUAACAUAACAAGAGACGAAGCAGAACUAGAACCAACAGCAACAGAAAACAACACCCAGCAGAACCAGCAGACAGACACAGCACCACCAACAGAAACAACAUCCAGCAGAACCUGGAAGCCAGCAAGCAGAGAGCAAAACAAGGAUGUUGUUGGAGGUCAAGGCGAUGCACUCGCAGCGCGUUGUGCUGGAGGAUGUUGACACGAGCGAGGACUUCACCGUGGGCGCCGUGGUGGAGGCGCUGCAGCAGAGCGGCCGCAUCCCAAACCAGCUGGUGGAGACGGCCAGGAAAGACCUAGCACUGGUCAUCGUGCGCCCGAACGACGGCGCAUGCCUUGUCCCUUCGCAGGCGCAAACAUGGUCGUCCCUCGAGAUCAAGCCCGAGGACACCCUCAUGCUCAUUUCGCGACACGAGGAAGCCAUGCACCUCCUGCAGUUUGAGCACACGACCUCCGAGGUGGUCAUGAUGACGCAGCUGAAGCAAGCGCAGCGGCUGGGCCUCCUGUCCUCGGAAGAGUACCGCGUGCUCGUCCGCAUCGCACGCGACCAGCACCACCCCCUGCACACGGGCCUGCGCCACAUCCACGCCGCCUUUGGCACGGACCUGCAGGACCUGGUGGAGGAGGCACGCGAUCUCCUCAUGACAUCCGGCGCGUCGGGCCUGGUGUUUGACGGGCGCGAGCAGCAGCAACCGUCACCGUCACCGUCCCAGACACAAUCGCACCCACCAUCACUCUCCCAGUCGCAAUCGCAACAGCCGCCAAAGUCACAGCAGCAGUCACAGCAGCAGCGCCCUGCACGGCCGCAAGCACAACAUGCGCAGCCGCCCCCAUACUCAACAGCAGCGAACACCACCAGCGCAGCCAGCACGAGCAACAGCAAGGCUGCCAGUGGCAGUGGCAGUGGUGGUGGCGGCACUGGGCGCACGCGCGUGUUUCUGCAACACGUGCCACCGACAACACAGCAUGACAUCAUGUGGAUGAUGAGCACGCUGAUUAUUGCGUUUUUCUCGUUUAUGGCCAUGAUGACGCACGUGUUCUUCAUCAAGGAGAGCAGCGUGUUUCUCGGGCCGGUCAUCCACGGCCUGGCGGGCCUGCUUGCCCUGUACGAAGUGUUUGGGUGCAGGUCCCUCUUGGGCUACGACCCCUUUGUCCAUGCCAUUGGACACGGCGUCCGGGAUUUUCUGCUUGUGGCGUUUACGUUCAACGCAACGCUGGACAUGUAUGCGUUUGCAAACGCGCCCCACCUCACCUUCUCCACGCUGACAACCAACUUCUUUGGCGUGCUGGUGACGCUGGUGUGGCUGAUUGCGCUUCGCUGCUCCUGGAAGUCGGCGCCGGAAGCCGAUUCCGUCAUGGCCCUCACGCUCUCGCUUAUGACCCUCUUCUGCACCUCUGUCAUCCACAACCUCGUCCACCUCGACCUCACACCCGCGCCCAUCUGACAUGCUGCCUGUUUGUGAUGUGCUGUGUUUGUGUGUUGGGUGUUGGGUUUAGGGGUUGUCUUUGUCUGUCUGUCUGUGUGUGUGCAUGCGUGUGCGUGUGUGUGUGUGUGUGUGUGUGUGUGUGCACAGUGUGACAGCUGAUCUUUCAUCAUCUCUUCCUCUGCAUUCUGCUACCUUCCUGUUACACAAUCACGCACAUGCACAUGUGUACACGUGCGCUCCUGCGCAGCUGGGUGCACGUCGCUGAAUCACCCUUGAUCUGUUCAUGCACUUUCGUUUAUUAUUCUUCGCUUAGAGCCGGCAGUUACCAUUACACCUGAAAUGAUAUAGAUGUACACGG